GGGCUCUCUGCGUGCAAGGGGUGGGCGAGAGCAGUGCGAUGGGAGCGGGUGCCCGUGUGCAGAGGGAUCCUCUUCCCGUAUGUGUGCUGGGGACCGCGGUGUCGGGGCAGGGCUCAGCGAGGCGGUUGCUGCAUGCGGCGGAGCCAGCCGGGGUACUGCAGCGCCGGGCUUAGCCUCGCUCUGCGCCCCGGCGCUCAGCGCGGCCAAGGGUGCUUGCCCGGCUGCCCCCGCCGCUCGGUGCCUGCGCGGAGCUGCCGGACGGGGAACCUCGCUGGGAGAGCGGUGGAGCGCAGCGGAGUGGGGCCGCGGCGACCCCGGCCGCCGAGAUUCUUUAUCUUUGUUCAGGAGCCUAAGGUUGCUUGCUGAUCACAAGAAGAUGUUUCUGUGGCUCUUUCUGGUUCUGUCAUCUCCAGUUUCUUCUACAACUGCAGAUGCUGAUAUAUCUGUGGAAAUUUGCAAUGUUUGCUCCUGUGUGUCAGUUGAGAAUGUACUCUAUGUCAACUGUGAGAAGGUUGCAGUCUACAGACCAAAUCAGCUUAAACCACCAUGGUCUAAUUUUUACCACCUCAACUUUCAAAACAACCUGCUAAUUAUUCUAUAUCCAAAUUCCUUUCUUAAUUUUACAUACGCAGUGUCCUUGCAACUGGGUAAUAAUAAGUUACAGAACAUUGAGGGAGGGGCCUUUAUGGGUCUUAGUGCAUUAAAACAGUUGCACUUGAACAACAAUGAAUUAAAGAUUCUCCGAGCUGACACUUUCCUUGGCAUAGAGAACUUGGAGUAUCUCCAAGCUGACUACAAUUUAAUCAAGUUUAUUGAACGGGGAGCCUUCAAUAAGCUUCACAAGCUGAAAGUCCUGAUUCUUAAUGACAAUCUGAUUUCAUUCCUUCCUGAUAAUAUUUUUCGAUUUGCUUCUCUAACUCAUCUGGAUAUACGAGGGAAUCGAAUACAGAAGCUUCCAUACAUUGGAGUUUUAGAACACAUUGGCCGAAUUGUUGAAUUGCAGCUGGAGGACAACCCCUGGAAUUGUACUUGUGAUUUGUUGCCUUUGAAAGCGUGGCUGGAGAACAUGCCCUAUAACAUCUACAUUGGAGAAGCUAUCUGUGAAACACCCAGUGACUUAUAUGGAAGGCUGCUGAAAGAAACCAACAAGCAAGAGCUGUGCUCCAUGGGGACAGGGAGUGAUUUUGAUGUGCGCAUUCUGCCUCCCUCGCAGCUGGAGCCCGGUUACAGCACACCUAAUGGCCACACCACUCAAACGUCAGUGCACAGAUUAGUCACAAAGCCGCCAAAGACUACAAAUCCUUCAAAGAUCUCGGGGAUAGUAGCAGGCAAAGCACUGUCUAAUCGCAAUCUCAGUCAAAUUGUAUCUUUCCAGACCAGGGUGCCUCCUUUAACUCCGUGUCCAGUCCCCUGUGUUUGCAAAACACAUCCUUCAGACUUGGGAUUAAGUGUAAAUUGCCAAGAAAGAAAUAUAGAAUCAAUGGCCGAACUCAUUCCAAAACCAUUAAAUGCCAAGAAACUGCAUGUAAAUGGCAAUUAUAUUAAGGAUGUGGACACUGCAGAUUUCAUGGAGUUCGAGGGGCUGGAUUUGCUACAUUUAGGCAGCAAUCGGAUUUCCCUGAUCAAAGGAGAAGUUUUCCGCAACCUCACAAAUUUACGGAGAUUGUAUCUCAAUGGCAAUCAGAUAGAGCGUCUGAGCCCAGAAAUGUUUGCUGGCCUCCACAACUUACAGUAUCUGUAUUUGGAAUACAAUGUUAUCAAAGAAAUCCUAGCAGGCACCUUUGACUUAAUGCCAAAUUUGCAGUUGCUCUACUUGAACAACAAUCUUCUACGAAGCUUGCCAGCGUACAUAUUUGCUGGUGCACCCCUUGCUAGACUGAAUCUGAGGAACAAUCAUUUCAUGUAUUUACCUGUAAGUGGCGUUCUUGAUCAGCUGAAAUCCCUUACACAAAUUGAUUUGGAAGGUAAUCCAUGGGACUGCACUUGUGAUUUAGUUGCUUUAAAACUGUGGCUUGAAAAGCUAAAUGAAGGUAUUGUGGUGAAGGAAUUGAAAUGUGAAACACCUGUACAGUUUGCAAACAUUGAACUUAAGUCUCUGAAAAAUGAGAUCCUCUGUCCUAAACUUUUAAACAAGCCAUCUGCUCUGUUCACUAGUCCAAUGCCCGCUAUCACUUUCACAACACUACCAGGACCAGUUCGGAGCCCUCCUGGUGGCCCAGUUCCGUUGUCCAUCCUAAUCUUAAGCAUAUUAGUUGUGCUUAUUUUAACAGUGUUUGUUGCUUUUUGUCUUCUUGUUUUUGUGCUUCGGCGCAACAAAAAACCAACUGUAAAGCAUGAAGGGAUUGGAAAUCAAGAAUGCAGUUCUAUGCAACUGCAGCUAAGAAAGCACGAUCACAAGUCAAACAAAAAGGAUGGACUAGGUGCAGAGGCCUUCAUUCCUCAGACAAUUGAGCAGAUGACCAAAAGUCAUACCUGUGGCUUAAAAGAGUCUGAAACGGGCUUCACGUUUGCUGACCCACCAGGGCAAAAAGUCAUUCUGAGAAAUAUUAAUGACAAGGAGAAAGAUUUGUUGCAUGCGGAUACCAGAAAAAGACUUAGCACAAUCGAUGAACUGGAUGAGUUAUUCCCUGGGAGGGAUUCCAAUGUAUUUAUUCAAAAUUUUCUUGAAAGUAAAAAAGAAUACAACAGCAUAGGGGUCAGUGGCUUUGAAAUACGUUAUCCAGAGAAACUACAAGACAAAAAAAACAAGAAAUCUCUAAUAGGUGGUAAUCAUAGUAAAAUUGUAGUAGAACAAAGAAAAAGUGAAUAUUUUGAACUAAAAGCUAAACUUCAAGGUUCACCCGACUACCUACAAGUCCUUGAAGAGCAAACAGCUUUGAAUAAAAUAUAGGUCAUACAAUCUUAUCACCUACAGAGGACAUUUAUUUAAUGAUGAAAGUGCCUUUUGUUGACUUUUAACUUCCAAAUACUAUAUUAUAUUGAUAGGCAUAGAGGCAGGUGUGUCCAAGGGUGUCUUGAUUAACUGUAGCUGCAUAUGAAUUGUCAAGUAGAGGAGAAUUUCCUAAAUAGAUUUUACUACAUAAAGCUCAUGCCCCAUGGAAUCCUGUAAGGAUACUGCAAACUCUAUUGCCAAAGGGAUGCUUUAUACAUGUUACCCUGAAUUUAACCUCAAGAGGCAUAUAUGUUUUGUACCUUAAAUGCAAAACCAUCGUCUCCUUGUGAUUUGUUAGAACAAACACAAGAAACCUGGUACUGGUAUUUGUACCUCAGCUGGGUCCUUCAUCCUGCACGUGGAUUUAAAUUGGUGGAACUGGAGUAAUCCCUUGAUCUGUGGUGUUGUAAUGGCACUGUUUAAAGAAUAUCUGGAAAGUAACAAGCAUGCAAAGAGAGAACAUUUGAUAGUAUGUGUAAAUUGGAUACAUUUAUGGCCUGCAUUUUGAAACCACUGGAAUUAUAAUGUUAAAUUGUGCAAAUAUUUGUUUUAAAUAUACCAUGCAUUACAUACCUAUGAAAUAAAUUUGACCACUUGAAGCAUACAUGUCUAUACAAAGAAAUUAAAAAGAAAAAAAGAAAGAAAUAGUUCAGCCUGACUUCUGCAGUAUUUGUGGCAUCUGAAGAAAAUAUUUGAUGUUUAUGCAGAAUCUGUUAUAAGACUCAUCUCCAAUUAAAACUAGAGUUCCUUCUCAGUUACAUGAAAAACUUGCAACCCCAACAGGUUGUCCAGAAUUGUCAAAGUGCUUACUGUGUGAGCGUAGCAGAAAUUAUUUUUAUAAUAUAAUUCAUAUUUAUGAAAUACUUUGUAUACUAAAUAGGAAAAAUAUGUACUCCUUAAUAUGUAUUUAAUAUGCCUGACUUGUUUUCCUGAUCACAGUGCAUUAAUCAUUCAGUAUAAAUAAAACCAGAACAAUAUAAAAAACAGAAACUGGAGAUGUAUAGAAUUAUCCAGAAUUAAGUGAUCAGAUAUAAUAAUAAUAAAAUUGUUCUGUACUAUUCUUGUGAAAUUAGCAUAUUAUCUUAUUUCAGAUUUGUUACCAAUGGUGCAUUUUAAAAUAGAUUCAUUAGUUUUUUAGUAUUGUGUCUCAGGCAGUUAUUUGCCAUCACUUGUCUUGCUUUUCAGGGUUCUACAGCUUAAUCUAAGUAGUUUUCGCUACAAGUAUUAUCAGGAAUUCAUGGUAAGGGUAAUAUUUUAAUCGUAUAUGCAUAAGUUUUAUGUUCUUACCUGUCUGGCUGCUGUCUGUCAGGAAAAAAAUAACUGAUCAGACAGUGAACAAUAUGGCAAACCAUGUCUAUUUAAAACCACAGUGUAAAGUGAAUAUAGUGGUCUCAGUUCAGAGUAUUAUGUAGCUCGUAUCUAGAGAGUGAAAACUUGCCCUUGUGAAAGCUGAAUCUGAAUAGCCAGGGAUAAAUAGCAGUCAGGACAAUGGAAAAUCUCCACUGUAUCUCACUGAUAGAUGGCACCUGGAGAUGAGAAUGAAGGUCUAUUGGUAAGGCAUCAUACAGCAAAUCUAUACUAUGAGAUUAACAAAAGUUUUUUGACUUGAAAAGGAUUUUUUUUUUCAUUUAUUUCAAUGAGGUUUGGAUAAGUACCUCUAUCUCCUUUGCUUCCAGACCUUCUCCCCUGCCCCUUUUAAAAUCAAUACAUAAAUCAGUUAAUAUUAGUAGGAUACAAAUACAAAUGCUUUUCAUUAAUUUGGAGCUAACAAAUAUUACAACAAGACCUGAUAACGAUAUUGGGGAGAAGGCUGUGUCAGCUAUUUCUAUUAUAAACCUCUAAUUUCAGGGCUUUAUGAUACUGCUGUGAAAUUUUUAUUCUGGAAGGACACUUGGCAAACAGCCUGCAGUGUAUUUUUAGCAAAGUUUACAAAAAAGAAAAAAAAACAAAACCCAAAGCACUGCUUCUUUAUUUAAGGAAAAGCAAAACAAAACAUCAGUUUUCUAUUUUCAGACAUUUGUUUAUGCUCUUGUAACUUAGAGGGGUUUAUUAUUUUUCUCCAUGCUACAAUGGAGUAUGUACAAUGUCAUACUACGUACAUGACUUCAACUAAUAAAAUUAUAACAGAUAAAUUAAUGACUGAGUUUCUUUCAAGAAGCUGCUGCUAUCAAUGUGCAAUAAGUGACUUCAGGAUGUCAUAGGGAUUUUCAGGACAUGGACACUAUGUACAUAUGCUUUUCUAGCAUAAGAAGUUCUUGGUUGACCAAUGAUGCAAUACAUAUCCAAGGCUUGAAUAACUACAUUUGAGCUUACUGUGUUAAGAGUUUGUGAAUUAAGAAGUGUUACAGAUGCACUGACAUGAUAGACUACAAUGGCACCACCAGUAGGUUAAGAAUAAUGGGUCACUGUGCCUACUCUGCCCGGUGCUGCUUGGCUUUAAGUAUGUAUCCAGGUUCACUGGGAUUUGCCUUGCAUAAGGCUUCCAACACACUUCAGUGCAUUGUCAGUCUGUCAUGUCCCAUACCCUUCUCUGCAGAGCCAUGUGUUAAAAAUAUUAGAAAUAGCAAAUAAGGUAAUACUUUUAAGUGAUGUUGAAACUGAUGUGCUUAUGACUUGUGUUGCCCUGAGCUAAAAGAUCAAUGAUAAAUGAUCAUACCUUCCUCAGCUAAAAAAAGGUGUUUGGUUUGUUUUGUGGUGUUUUGUUUCAGGUUUUGCUUGUUUGUUUGUUUUUGUGGUGAGGUCUUUUAAUUACUGACCAAAGGAGGAACUGGUAUGCUAUACCAUUACACUGCAUCAGAUUUUCCUGCUCAUUGAGGUCCCAAUCCAGUAAAGCAUUUAAACUCAAUCUAAAUCAUGUGCGGAGGUACUAUUCAUGAACUAAUCAAACAAUAUGCCCAAGAGUGGGGCUUAGGUAGAGUUUUUCAUUGACUUCAAAAAAAGCUGGUUCAGAGACAUUGUAUAUAAUACAUAGAGCACAGUGACUUUUGGGAUUAUGCAGUUGAGUGUAGGUUUGCCAGCAUCAAUAAAGAUUGCACAAUCUGGACUUUCCUGUAUAAAUUGUUCCUGAGUGGUUUACAUAUAUGAUGCAAUAUAUAGGCAUAAUAGUGUGAUUGAAGAAUGCAGAAGUUGGCAAAACACUCUAUUUCUGUGAAAUUGUUACUUUGAAUGACAACCUUAAUGUCCGUUUAUCUCCUCCAUGUUUUGAAACAGUGUAUGUGUCUGCACAGCAGUUUUAUUGUAAUGUCCAUUCAAAUCUAUAGUCAGUCUAUCUGGGAAGGUGACUUUUAGGAUGUGGCUUAACAGAUCUGUUCAUUAUAUUGGUUUGAGUGGCCAUGCUUGUAAAAUGGCUGUUAAGACCCAUAGACUAAACCAGUGAAGAUGUUAACAUAAUCUGUUUUCUUCAUUGUAUUAUAAAGAAGUUUCCAUUUUUAAAUAAAAUCAAUAAAGUGUAAUCGUUUCCCUGAAAAAGAAAAUAUUUGUGCAACUUUAUCAGAAAGGAACUACCAUGGUGCAAGAACACAAGACCAUUAAACAAUUUACGUUUUGCAUUUACUGUUCAAGAUUGACAAUAAUAUAGAAAUCUAGGAUAAAAAUCUUAAAUAAGAUGAUUUUUUUGAAAGACAUAAUAAUAUAAAUUAUAAAAGGCAUGGCCUUGUGAACAAUGUUAACAAAUGUUUCAGAGUUAAUGAAACACAUCCAGAACUUGAUAAUAUCUAUAAUAUCUUUUGCAUGAUUUGUACAUUGGUAUUGUAUGAAAUGAGCACAGUGAGAUUUUAUUUUUUUUUUUUUGGUUGCAUCCAAAGAGUUAGGAAGGAAAUAACAAGAGGAAUGUAUUUAUAAUCACCCUAUUUUGAAAUAAAGAAAACAAAAUGUAUUGGUUUUACCCUGUUUCAAUCAUUACUAUUCUAGGUUAGUUUAUGACUAAGAUAGUUAUAACAUCCAGUCCAAUGUAAAACACAGAAAACCAUUGUUUAUGAAUUUUGUUUGCCUUCAGCAACAUCAAAACGUUAACCAGCAUUGACUUAAAAAGUUGUAUGCAAUGUUAAUAAAAUUGUUUGGUACUAUUGUA